AUGCUGGGAGGCUUCGGAGCCUCGCAAGGUCCCGGCCACCUGGAGUCCAUUGGUCGCCGUUGGGAGCUACACCCGGAGGAGCACCGGAACCUGCCCCCCACGGGCCUGCCAUCUUCUGCUUCGGGGGCCUCGGCGCCGGGGUCCUUUGGCUCCCAAGCCUCCGCGCAGCCGCUGCUGCAGGUGCCUUCCUCAGUCCCGAACGCCUCGUGGACUGGGGGGCCGCCGGCCAGUGGUGGCAAUGUCCGCAUCUCCGUGCCGCGCUUGAUGGACGACGGCCGCCUGGGGCUCAUCAUCCAGAACUGCUGGGUGUCCUCCAUCAGCAACCCCACGGCUGCGCAGUUCGGCUGGCAGGUGGGAGAUCACAUCCUGCAGGUGAACGGCCACCCGGUGUCGAACAUGCAGCAGCUUUCUGAGGAAAUCAGGCGAGCUGUGAACUCGCACCAGGCCGUGGCGCACCCCCUGGUCUUCGACGUGUGGCGUGCCUCGCCGCAAGCGCUGUCCGCUGCAGCGGCGGCCUCCGGCGUGCAGCGGCGGCAGAAGAUGGCAUGCUGCGAUUGGGAUGCUUGCGAUUGCCUGGGCAGCGAUCCCGCGCCUACGGGCUAUGCCCCCUCGCCCGCCUACGGGGCGCAGGGCACUGGCUACGGCACACCCAAUCCUGGCUAUGGUGCGCCUCCCAGCGCGGCCUAUGGCGCGCCCAGCGCGGCCUAUGGCGCGCCCAGCGCGGCCUAUGGCGCGCCCAGCGCUUACGGCGCGCCGGGCGGCGCACCAUGUGCACAGGCGGGUGCGCAGAGACGCCGCGCGCUGUGCUGA